ACAAUAAACAAUCCCCCCCAGCUAAAGCUAAAAAGAAACAAUGGCGGAAGAACUCAUUACAAAACCUCAUUAGAACAAAAAAAAAAAAAUCACAGCCUCCAUUUUAUGUUCCAAAAACCUCAUAAACCCCUUUCACUCAAACAACAACAACAACAACCUUAAACUCUGUCUGUCUUUGAUUUUCUCUUAUGGCUUCUCAUCUCCCUGACCACUUCAAAUGUCCAAUUUCUCUCGAAAUAAUGUCUGACCCUGUUAUCCUCUCUUCCGGUCACACAUUCGAUCGUCCUUCAAUCCAACGGUGGCUAGAUGAAGGUCAUAGAACUUGUCCAAUUACCAAAUUACCCCUCCCUGCUAAUCCUACUCUCAUCCCUAAUCACGCUCUUCGCAGCUUAAUCUCUACCUACACUCUCCUUCCACCACUUCACCAAAUCAUUUCCCAACCUGAAACCCUAAUUUCAAUUUUAAAAUCUUCUUCUUCUUCCUCCGAUUCCAAAAUCGACUCGCUCCGUCAACUCGCUCGUCUUUCUAAACGCGACGCCAAUUUCCGUCGCCGUCUUGUUGAUUCCGGUGCUGUCUCCGCCGUUCUUUUCUGUCUUGAUUCUUCUUCCGGUGAAACUAAGUUGCAGGAGAAGGCUUUAUCUGUUCUUCUUAAUCUUAGUCUCGAUGAUGAUAGUAAGAUUGGACUUGUUGCCGAAGGUGCAAUUGAUCGUGUUGUUGCGUUUCUUCUCCGGGAAGCUUCGUCAGAUUGUUGUGCCCUCGCCGCGACGAUAAUUACUAGUCUUGCUGUUGUGGAAGUGAAUAAGGGGACUAUUGGAGCUUUUCCUGGAGCAAUUGAAGCUCUGGUGGGAAUUCUGAAAGAUGGGAAGGGGAGAGAGAGGAAAGAAGCUGCUACGGCCCUUUACGCGCUUUGCUGUUUUGGCGAUAAUCGGAAAAGGGCGGUGGAUUGUGGUGCGGUGCCGAUUUUAAUGAGGAGUGUUGAAUGUGGACUUGAAAGAGGUGUUGAGGUUAUUGGUGUUUUGGCUAAGUGUAAGGAAGGUAGGGAACAUUUGGAAAGUUAUGGUGGGUGUGUGAAGAUUCUUGUUCAUGUGUUGAGGAAUGGAAGCUCUAGAGGGAUUCAGUAUGCAUUGUUGGCACUUACUUCGCUUUGCUUUCAUAGCAAGGAAAUGCUUUUGGUUACUCUGCAAGAAGGGGUUUUGGAUAUCUGUCUUGGGUUGGUUGAUGAUGAUAAUGAGAAAGUUAGGAGAAAUUCAUCCAAUUUGAUCCGGGUUCUUCAAAGCGACGGCAAUCACCGGAUGUAUUGAUGAUGGAAAUGAUGGUGUGUUUUUCUCCUAUGUGGAGGUUAGUUUCAUAAUUUUUUUGUUUUGGUUUAUUGGGUCUGCCUUGUUGGGUGGGUCUUUUUGUACAAAUUGAAAGGAAGAUCAAAUUUUUGUUGUGAAUGUGAUAGGGUUCUUUUGUAUAUUGAAUAAUGGUUAUGGGCUAGCUCUUGGUGGUUAGCUUAGCUGUUAAAAUGGCACAGUUGUUUAUUGAUCUUUUGAAGAUCUUUUGAAUUGUAUUGCUCCAUAGUUACAAAUUUUUAUCCUGGUUUCCAGAAAA